AUGGAGGUUUUCCAUUUGUAUGACAUCAGCUCAAUAACCUAUAACAAAAACAUUGAAAGAAUUAUCUCCCCAAUGGUUGCUCAGCUUUGCCAUUUAAUUAUCUCAAUGGAGAGGGGACAAGUGGAGAAUGAAGCAUUUGCUGGUAUAGGGACAAUGGCAGAGGAGUUGGCAAAAACUAGUGAACAACUGGCACAUUCUGCAAGAAGGUUGGCAGAAGAAUCUGAUGAGGAGGCAUUGAAAGAGGAGAUGGUUCCGGCAGCUGAAUUUCUAUUCUUAUCUGGGAAGAACAUAUUACUAGUAACUCAGAAACUCCAUAUUCACCCAGAUAAUCAAGGCUACAAGGAAGAGCUCAUCAUCACAGCUCAGAAGAUCUUGGUGGGAACAUUAAAGAUUCUCCUUACUGAGGAUGAUGCGACAAUAAGGAAAAUCAUUCAAGCAGCUUGUUGGUGUCUGAAUUGCUUUGAAGCCCUGGAGACUUCAGGGGAUGUUUCUACUAUGCAAGCUUUCUUCCAGGAUUUCUCUGAAGGUCUACUUUUUCUGAACACCAUGACUGAACAGCGCCUGCUGGAACUGAAGUGGUCAAUCCAUCGUGAAUCUCUAGCCCAGUGUCUACAGAUCUUGAAGAAGUGUAUUCCUCUACUUCAUACAGCCAGAAGUGGGAGCCUCAGUCAUUCCCAGAACCAGCAGGUGAGAGAGUCCAGGAGCUACGUUUUUGAUCUGACCAAGAAAACCCUUGAAGAACUAAUUGCCCUGUUAAAUGCAGAACGUGAACCACAGAGGGAUCUCCAGGAAAGAAGUGGAGUGUUCUCUCAGCACUUGGAGCAACUUCUGAUGCUACUGGCUGAACCAACAGUAGAAGCUGUCCUUCAGGGAGAUCUAGAUUCUCUCUUAGGGGUGGUGGUAUUCCACUGCAUGCUCCUAGCUGAAUCUUCCAGACCUCCACUGAAGCUGAAGUUAGUCCAAUGCUGCCACUGUCUGUUGGAGCUUAGAAAUAUGAUUAUUCAAUGCCUGGGCAGGCUGGAGACCCUAUCUCCAGGGGACUGCUCAGAUCAGGAGCUGAGGGAGAAAUGGGCCAUGUUGAAGUGUGAGGUGGAUAUUCUUGCCCAAACCAUGCAGAUUGGGCUUCUCUACCAGAUCCUGGAUACGUUUACAGAUGUUCAAGGACCUCUGAAAAGGCUGAUUCAAGCCGCCUGGGGGAUUACAGUGCUUGGCUCUUCCUGGGACCGUGAAGGGUUUGCCAAAAGCCUCCAGCCUUUUAUUAAUGCUUUCUGCAUGCAUUUUGAAAAGAUGUUCAAAGUGGCUCAUUUAGUUUUGGUCCGUUGCACCCACCAUCAAACUGGUAAAGAAAUAGGGGAAGCCAUGUCUAGCCUACAAAAACUUAUGGCCAGAGUACUCCCUCUUUUCACCAAGGGUAAUGAAAGGCUGGAUCUAGCCUGGGUUUCUGAUACCUUCCAGGGUGUGUACCAGGCAUGGGUCCAGGCAGCAGAAGGCCUGUUGGCAUGUUUUGAUAAUGUUUUCAACAUCUCUGAAUUUUUGACUAUGUCUAUUGAGGAAAUGACAGAACACACAGGUUUCUCUGAAUGGGCUUUGAACAGUGGAAAUUCCAAGGAAUUUUCCUGGCAUGUAGCUUAUCUUCAGGGUCGAGCUAAGCACAUAGUGCAAGUGAUGAACAGAUAUGUGGACCAAAACCGAGAUCCCAUUUUUCGGAAUGGUUUGAGAGUUUUAAUUCAGCAACUAGAGAACUCCAUUCCAGUAGUAACAGCAGCUGCUGAGCACUGUUUAGAAAACAGGAAUUAUAUCCAAGCCAAGGAUGAGUUUCUCAGUAAGGCCAAACUUCUUAUUGAUUCUACUCAAAGUGUCCACGAUGGAUUGGAUGGGACCAACCACCCAGAUAUCUUAAGCCCACUCCGAAAUCAAGUCCAUAAAUUCAUCACUCCUAUAGGACAACUGUGCCUUACUCCUCAUAGCCUCUUAGAGUUCAGCAGCCUAGAACCCAUGGGCAAACUCAUUGGCGGGCAUAGUAUAGAUGAAGAAUUCCCAGGCACUUCAAAUGAUCCUAGGGAAUGUCAUUCUAGGAAUAUUUCCACACUCGGCUUUAUGGGUCCUAAGAUCAUUCAACAGGGGAUACCACUAUCUGUCAUCAGGAAACUUGUUCUGGCUGUAGAGAAACAUGACCUCCCAGCAGUCAGUUCUGCUUGCACAGAAUUGCUGGAUCUUGCUAAUUGUACUGAUGCUGCUCAAAAGGCCCUGAUAGGGGAAAAGUCAUCAGAGUUAGAGAUUAUAGGAGAAAGACAAGACAUCAUCUCUCUAACACCUUAUACAAUUGACUUAGCUAAAGAAAUUGCAAAUGAACCAGGCUCUAGUACAGGGAGGGUGCUCAAAGCAGCCCUCCAGCUGUCUGAAAAGAUUGCUGAAAGCCACCAAAGUUUAGCAGGCAUAGCUGGUGAUUGGUACUAUCUCUCUCAGCAGCUGUUUUGUGGCAUCCAGUCUUCUGAUCUUCCAAGGAAUGUGCAGAUCUUUAGUGAAGUUAGGCAGAACAUAAAGGAUGUGGCUCAGCUAGCAGACAAAGCUGGACGGAUGCAUCUGAAUAAAGAGCUCCCUUUGUCAAUCCAGAAUCCAGAGCAAUUGCUCCAGAUUCAAGCUAAACUCAAGAAAGUGGAAACUCAUGCUAGGCACUUACUGGACAAGGUAUUAGAUUCAAAUGGUUUCCAGGCUACUAAGACAGGGGAAACAAGCAUCAAGGGGAUCUGCCUUUUGUGGUCAGUGGCUGUCCAAGCCUUGUUAAGGGGCAUCGAUGGCUUCAUUGGUAGAGACAUUCUAUUCUUAAAGGAGUUGAGGCAGGUGGUAAAGGACAAGUUGGGUUUACAGGAUGGGAUGGCCCCCCUGACUAACACUUCUUUGAGAUUACAGGAAGCUGCAAGACUAUCUGCUUUGUUGUGUGGUGAUGAGAGAGUGAAGGGGGAGGUGGUUUUGCUGCAGGGGGAGGUCCAUGUGCUGACAGAAGCUCUGGUAGAGGUGGCCCAGAUCCUCGCCCUCUCUCCUCCCUUGGCACCCAAUCUGUCCAUCCGUUUUGAACUUCUCCAAAGGGAGCUUGCCCUUCAAGCCAAAGUCCUGGUGGCCUAUCUCAGUAGCAUCAACAAAGACUAUGAAAGGACCAUACAGGAUACCAUUCAGCUAGCACUCUCUGCUUCCAGGGCUUCCAAAGAUGACAAGACAAGAUUCAAAGCUGCUCUGGGAAAGAAUAUGACCCAGAUCACCUCUGGCAUCCAGACAGUUCAGAAAAUUGUGGAGGAAGGUCUGGAAUCUGGACCCAGCCAGGAAAGUCUCCAAAGAAUAAUGGAGCACCUCAUCUUCCUCACUGCUGAAGUUGGACAGAAAUCCCACAUGCUCCUGGAACAUCCUCAGGACAAGGUAGCUGGGAUGCUAGAAAGUCUUCAGUGGGAGUGGGCAGCCGAGGCUCAUUAUGUGACAGCCCAACUCCAGGUGUGGAGAGGCACUCAAACCUCAGCCCUGCAGCAACUAGAACAAGACUUGCAGACUGGUGAUGCAUCUCAAGAUCCUGACCUGACCCUGCCUAGUAAGGAAGAAGGUCGCACAGAGGCAGAAGUGGGUAACAUAACACAUCAGGCUACAUCUUCAAGAGGAAUCUUAGACCCAGGUGGUUCAGAGGAGCCUUGCCCUGACCUGGAGGAUAUUGCUGAUGUGGCAGCUUCUAAAGAGAAUCUGGGUGAGCUAACUAGCAAGUCCCAUGGUGCUUUGCCUUGCUGUCCAUCUGAGCCAAGCCCUGACCCAGACCGUCCAUUUCUGAGGGAUGAUGCCAUGGACAAGUGGAAGGACAACAGUAAUAGAAUUGAACAGCUCACCAGGGAAAUGGCCACAGAAGUGUUUCACAUGGCCCAGAGUCUGAAGAGGAAAGGGACUAUAAUGACCAAAGACCAGUUAAUUGCCUCUGCAAAGAAAACAGCCUCUUCUGGACACCUGUUUGUUAAAUUCAUCCGCCUCGUUGCUAAGAACUGCCUGGAUCAGAGGUGUGCAGAUGAACUCUUGUGUGGGUUGGAGCAAAUUGAGACAAUGAGUAGCCAACUCAACAUCAUUUCCAGUGUAAAAGCAGCUCUAGCAAGCAGCAAGUCCUCUGAAGAGCUCCUUGUGAACAAUGCCCAGAACCUCCUUCAAGGUGUUUUACAGACUUUAAAGGCAGCAGAAGCAGCAUGUCUCCGUGGCUUAAGGGAGCCUCCCCUAGAUGCAGAUGAACAGGAAGCAGCCGCCUUCUGCAUGCAGUGGAAAAGAGAGCUGCUAAAGCACAGAUGCCAAGAAGCAUCAAACCCAGACAGAGACGAGUCUGGACUACGCAAGACAAGAGCAAACAAGGCUCCCACACUUGUGUCCAUGGUUCAAGAACCAUGGACCACUUUAACCUAA